AUGUGCGCGGAACCAGACGACUGGGAAAGGAUCGAAAGGCAUCCGCGGAAACUUAAAAUAGCUCCGCGGAUGCUAGAUUUCUACGAGUCAUACAUAGUCUGGCGUGAAGGUAAUUUUUUUUUAUGUCUCCGUUCUUUUCCAAAUGGGGUGAUCCGUGGAGGGCGGUGCUUCUUUCGCGCCACUUCCUUGCCGUGGAAAAAUGUGUACGGUUACCAUGGUCACAUAACCUCUGUGUGCGGAGCCACUCUGACUCGCAUCAACCGGGCUAUGGUUGCAUCGGAUGCUGGAAUGGGUUCUAUUGGACUCACCAACUUGUUUCUUUAUAGAGUGUAA